AGGAUGCAUGUAGAGAUUGCCUUGAUAAAUAUGUUGAAGAUGUUUCGGCUGAUGCACGAAGACACAUUAGUGAUCAGUACGAGUACUUUAUUUCAAACACAAAAGAUAAUCCGAGUGUAUUCCAGCUAAUACGGCAAAAUCUCUUGAACUUAGCCACAACAAUGAAAACAUGGAAUCAAGACUAUCCUAUUAAAUUUAUUCAGUUGGAAAAAUGUCUACAAGAGAAAAAGAAGGAGUUACCAAUUAUUUCCUUGAAUGAAAUUAAGCACAUAUCUACUAAAAGAAUUAAUCCAUUAAACCAUGAAGAACUUAUGUUAUAUUUGAAUUUUCAUCAUGACCUCAGAGCUUUGGUUUAUUUUGAGGAUAUUCCAGAUUAUAUCAUUUUAGAUACUCAAUGGUUGUCUGAUGCUUUUAAAUGUAUAAUAACAGCAGAGAAAUUUCAAUCAAGUGCCAGACGGCAUCUUUUUACGGAUGAAUGGAAUGAUUUGAAUAUUAGAGGAAUAUUACAUAGUGUGGUUUUGGACCAAAUAUUAGAAACAAAUAAGAAAAUCUUUAAAUUUGAGGAAAAGCAAAUCUUGUUUCAACAUAAAGAUCAUAUAUUGAAAGUGAUGGAGAAAUUUGAUAUUAUAAUACGUCCAACUGUAUCAGACAGAGAUGACACUGAUACAAAACCUUGCUAUUACAUACCGUGUAUGGUUAAAGAGGUACCGGACUGUCCUAUAAACGAACAAUUUAAUGUGACAGAAAAAAACUGUACAAAAUCCACUUGGUUAUGUUUCAAAUUUAAAUUUCUACCAGGACAUUUAAUGAAUCAUUUGAUUGCUUCACUGAGCCGGAAGUACGAAAUUGCAGAAGUACCUGUUUGUGGACAAAAAAAACGGCCAAUAGCUCUUUUCAGAGGAACUGUCGUCUUUAAGUUACAGAAGACUUCAAAAUUACUUGUGAAGAGAUAUCCCAAUGUGAUUCAGAUUCAGGUUUGGGAUUUUGGGAAACAUUGUAACAUUGAUAGAUGUCUUUUCAAGGACAUUGAUGAUUUUGUUACAGGAGAAAUAAACACUAUAAUAAGAAAAAGAUUUAAAAUGACGACUGUAAAAUUUGACAAAAUGUUGGGAUGUAGCCUUGCAGAACCGGACUGUGUGACAGGAUUCUAUGAGCAGGAUGCAGAUUAUUUUUGUGACAUUUGUACAGAAACCCAUAUCAGUGAAUGGUCUGAUGAUGAACCGAUACAGAAUACGGGUAUUUAUGAGAAGAAACCAAAACAGACGGGACUAGUCUUGAUUGUUAAUUUUAUGUUCAGUGGGAGAGCUAAAGAGAGAAGAGGUUCUGACAAAGAUGUUAAUGAGCUCACACAUUUCUUCAGAAAGGAACUAGAUUAUCAGGUAGAAAAUCGAUCAGAUAUGACAAAGAGCAAAUUACAGGAUUGUUUCAAUGACAUUGAAAGUGAAUACCUAACAGAGAAGUCAACGGAUUAUCAUUCCUUUGUCUGCAUAGUUAUGAGUCAUGGAAAUAAGAAAGGAAUAAAAACAGAAGAUGAACAUAUAUCUGUAAUGGAAAUAACAAAACCUUUUAAAAACAAACCUGGAGGAAAAUUUAAUGGUAAACCAAGGUUGUUUCUUAUUCAAGCAUGUCGUGGGAAACAAAUACAAGAGAAAGUGGAUGUAUCAAAUACACUUGAUCAAACCAGCGAGCAUGAUGAAUGUCCUGAAUACAGUCAAAGUAGAAGUGGAACAUCCAGCUCAUCAGAUGAUGAUUGUUAUACUGAUGGAUCAACAGAUAUUCCUAAAGUGCCAAAAGAUGCAGAUAUUAUAGUAGCAUUUGCAACAACACCAGGCUAUAAAGCAAGUCGCCAUCCAAAAUUGGGAUCACGUUUCAUAAGAGCAUUCUUGGAUGUUGCUAGGAGAAAAUACAAAGAUUUUGAUGUAGAGGAUAUAUUGCGAGAUGUAAGACAGAAAUUAGCAGAAAAUCUUGAAUAUGAAGGAAAAUCGGGAAAAUGUCAGAUGGGAAUAGUAGAAUCCACAUCCAGAAAGAAAUUUUUCUUUUAAUGUAAAUCAAAAUGUUGAAGGUAGAAUGUUGAUGUCAAACUAUAUAUAACAUGUACUACUCCAAUAAAUGCAUAAGUGUGG